UCGUUUGCCAUCUCACGGUCGCCAGAGAUUGCCCACAGCUGAACAAGAGACUUCUUUAUAAAUCCGUUCUCUUUCAAAAUGGCUACGCCGGCAGACGUGGACGAGGUGAUGGAUGUGAGUGAAGACACUGCCGUUUCCAAAGUAGCCAAGGGAAAGGGAAAGGAUGUCUCUGGCGGGAAGAAGAGAUUUGAAGUUAAAAAGUGGAAUGCUGUUGCACUCUGGGCUUGGGAUAUUGUGGUUGAUAACUGCGCCAUUUGCCGAAACCAUAUCAUGGACCUCUGCAUAGAAUGUCAAGCAAAUCAAGCUUCUGCGACAAGUGAAGAGUGUACCGUCGCGUGGGGCAUUUGUAAUCAUGCCUUCCAUUUCCACUGCAUCUCGAGAUGGCUAAAAGCUCGUCAAGUGUGUCCAUUGGAUAAUAGGGAGUGGGAGUUUCAGAAGUACGGCCGUUGAUGAUCUGUUUCGGUCAUUUUAUUAUUGGGAUUUUUUGAUAUAUUUGUACAGUUGCAAUAUAUGUGAUUCUGCGAUGUUGCUUUUCUGCUCAUUGAGUAUGUAGGGUUGGCACUCCAUUGUUAUUCAAAGUACCCCUGAAGAGUACUGUCCUCUUGCUGAGUGUUUUUCAAAAAGAAGCA